GUCUACAUGGCACCGAAAUUAAAGUUUGCCGAUGGAGAAAAAGUGUUAUGUUUUCAUGGACCCCUGAUUUACGAGGCAAAAUGUCUCAAAAGUUCUGUGACGAAGGAUAAACAUGUAAGAUAUCUGAUACAUUACGCCGGGUGGAAUAAAAAUUGGGAUGAAUGGGUUCCUGAAAGCCGUGUGCUGAAAUACAAUGAGGCGAAUGUGCAGCGGCAGAAGGAAGUCCAGAGAGCGCACUCAGCGCAGCCCACGAAGACGAAAAAAACGCCUGCCAAAGGUCGUAAGUCAGAGACGGCAGCAGCAGCAGCAGCUACUGCCACCCCAGCAAGAGAAGAAUCCAGAGCUUCUACACCCGCUGGUAAAGAGGUAGAAGCUACUCCGGCACCAGCGAAGGCUACCAAGACUCAGAGCAAGGACACCCCUGCUGACUCAGGAUCCGACCAGCCCAAGAAAAAGCGUGGCCGUUUGGACUUAUCAAUCGAAUCUGAAGAGCAAUACCUAGCAAAAGUAGAAGUUAAGAUUAAAAUCCCUGAAGAACUGAAAGUGUGGCUGGUCGACGAUUGGGACGUGAUUACAAGGCAACAGAAACUCGCCAUACUGCCUGCAAAACUGACCGUCUCACAAAUAGUGGACAACUACCUAGCGUUUAAGAAAUCCAGCAAAUCUCACAACCAGGCUAAAGAAACGGUUUUACUUGACAUCACUGAAGGAAUCAAAGAGUACUUCAAUGCCACUCUAGGGUCCCAACUCCUUUAUAAGUUUGAACGACCUCAGUACAGCGAGAUACUACAAGAAUAUCCUGACACGCCAAUGGCUCAAAUAUACGGAUCCAUACAUUUGUUGAGAUUGUUCGCGAAAAUGGGACCUAUGUUGGCCUACACGGCUUUAGACGAGAAAUCUCUCCAGCAUGUUUUGACGCAUAUACAAGACUUUUUGAAGUACAUGGUGACUAAUAGAUCGACAUUGUUUAAUUUGCAAGAUUAUGGGAAUGCGACUCCUGAAUAUCAUAGGAAAAUUCAGUAGAUUAGUUUUAAUGAUUUAAAUAAAUGACUUUGAUUUUUA